AUGGCCCGAGGCAGCAAGGGAACCUGUACAACAACACUUACAACUCAAGGUGGCGUAAUUAUCCAAACUUUGGUUGGAGAAACAACAAUGCCUAGGGUCCACCAGGCCUUCGGGGAGAUCGCAGAGUACCACCACAAAGAUCAUCUCAGUCGGACCAUCACAGCCUUCCUCCACCGGAAUGAGAAGAAAUCUAACUUGGAGAAGCUGAUGAUGAAGUUUGUCACGUCUACUGAGAUGAGGUUCCAGCAGACCGAUAGUGCUCUUAGAAAUCAGCAGGCAUCCACUCAUAACUUGGAGAGUCAGAUUGGGCAGAUUUCUAAGAUGUUGUCUAAGAGGCAACAAGGAGCGCUCCCUAGCACUAUAGAGUCAAACCCGAGGGAGCAUUGCAAGGCUAUCGCCUUACAAUCAGAUAAGCCAGCUAGGAAGGAGCCAAUGCCUGAGGUGAUAGAAGCAGAUAAGGUGGAAGAUAGGCAGAAGAGCCCUGUGAGAGAGUACCAACCACCAGUCCCCUAUCCUGCUCGACUUAAGCAGGAGAAGGUUGAUAAGCAGUUUGUUAUGGACAUGGAAGGUGAAAGUAUUGUGCCUUUGAUCCUAGGUAGACCUUUUCUUGUAACAUAUAGGGUUGUUAUAGAUGUUUGUGAUGGAAAGCUUCAGCUUAGGGUAGAUGAUAAGACCAUUACCUUUGACUUAGCUACUACCAUGAGACAUUCUUUAGACCAUGAUGAUGUUGUGUUUUCUGUUGAUAUUCUAGAUGAUGUGGUAGCAUUGCAAGGAGAUGACGAGGAGCUUUACAACGAGCAAGUGUUGGAGCAGCUCGCUAGUUUGUUGGCUACUGAGUCUAGCUGUUCUACUGACCCAUUUCUUUCUCUUGACAGGUCAGGAGUGGAAAAGGUAAAGUCUUCUUUCGAGGACCACUCAGUCUUAGAAUUGAAGGAGUUACCUAUGCACUUGAGUUAUGGAUUUUUGGAUAAGGCAGAAAAGUUGCUUGUGAUUGUUGUAGCAGAUUUGACGCUUGAGGAACGAAAGAUGACUCUAGACUCCCUUAAGAGGAUCAACCUGAGUUUCUGUUCUCACAAGAUUUUGAUGGAGGAUAGCUAUAGACCAUUCUUGGGUGAGCCCUAUACAGGUUGUGCCGAAGAAAGGAGGCAUGACAGAGUUUGCAAUGAGAAGGAUGAGCUGAUACCCACACGGACAGUAACAGGCUUCCGAAUUUGCAUUGAUUAUAGGAGGCUUAAUUAUAUUCCAAUUGCACCUGAAGACCAAGAGAAGACGACUUUCACCUGCCCUUACGGGACUUUUGCUUAUAGACGGACGCCUGUUUGUCUAUGCAAUGCACCGGCUAUGUUUAAGCAGUGGAUGGAGGUUGAUAGAGCUAAGGUAGAGACCAUAUCUAAGCUGCCACCCCCUAGUUCUGUUAGGGCUGUUAGGAGUUUCUUGGGCCAUACUGGUUUCUAUAGAAGAUUUAUUAGAAAUUUCUCUAAGAUUGCUAGGCCUCUUACUCAAUUGCUAAUUAAGGAAGCACCUUUUGUUUUUGAUGAUGCAUGUUUAUCUACUUUUGAGAUAUUGAAGAAACUAUUAACCAUAGCCCCUAUCAUGGCUUCGCCUGAUUGGGGGCUGCCCUUUAAGCUAAUUUACGAUGCUAGUGAUUAUACAGUUGGAGCUGUACUUGGACAGAGGUUUGAUAAGAAGUUCCAACCCAUUUAUUAUGCUAGCAAGACUUUGACAAGAGCCUAG